AUGCCGAGCGGUAGAAAAAGAAGGAGGAAGAAGGCGAAAAGCCAAUACGACACAACAUCAUCACCCCUGCACCACGAUUAUCGGUCGAAGAUCGAGUUCUUCAAGUGCGAUGCGCAGAAGCUACCGAUCGAUCGAAAUUCCGUGGACAUCAUCAUAAGCGAAUGGAUGGGCUACCUGCUGCUGUACGAGAGCAUGUGUGACGUGAUUGUGAAUUGCCGGGAUCUGUACCUGAAGCCAGACGGCCUGAUGUUUCCGGACCGGUGCUGCAUCUACCUGGCCGGCUGCGACGACGCGAAAAAGUACCAUGAGCAGGUCCAAAAGAAGUUCCCUUUGUCAGAAGCUUUGGAGAAAAAUCAGCCAAGCCAAGCCAAGUUUAUUUCUGACGACAAGAACAGUGCGAGACCGUUCACUGGACGAAAGGAAGGCGAAGUACAUCAAGAAUUUUCGAAGCUGCACCUUGAAGACCCCACUCCCAUCUCCUUUGCGCCUUUCACCUCCGAGCUGGUUUUCAAAAACGCGAUCGUGGCGGAAGUGGAGCACCGGGAGCUGAUUUCGACGCCCGCGCGAGUGUUCGACAUCGAUUUGCGGACGGUAACGGUGCCGGAGCUCGAUUUCAAAACCGCCUUUGAACUGCAGGUCG